AUUGCACAGCUGAUCCCGACUGUGCUACUUUGACAUUCUGAUUUUUGUCUUUUUGACAGACGAAUGUGCGAGAACGAGCCGAACGUAUCAAUUCCAUUCUAAGUCACGUAAAAGCUAAUGUGAGCGCACAUUUUAUUUUUAAAAGUUGUAUUGUUAAAGUGAGCCAUCAAAAAUGGCUAUGGGAAAAAGUUAUAAAAUAUGGCAUAAAGUCAAUGGACAGGGACCGUACAGUGUUUUACUCGAACAACGAAACCGAGACGAAGCUCUCUUAUUUGAAUCUCUAGUAAUUGCUGCCUUGGGAUCUGCUGAGGUUGAAGUUGUGAAAAAAUCAUACACAAAACUCUCUGAUGCUUAUGGAUGCCUUGGAGUACUGUUAGUCAGUACAGGAGAUGGACCCUUACAAUAUCUAGUCAUGGUUACAGGUUGUGUGUCAGUUGGAAAGAUUGGGGAGUCAGAAGUGUUUAGAAUCAAUCAAACAAGUUUUUUUCCACUGAGGGGACCCCAAACAGUGGAAGAAGAGAGAGUCACUGAACUGAGGAAACUAUUCAACUCUGGCACAUUUUAUUUUCUCUGGUCAUCAAGUGAAGACUCGAUUGAUGCUACAUUAUGUACUCAGAAGCUCCAACAGAAUCCUGGGACAGACAACAGAUUUUUCUGGAAUAGGCUGUUGCAUCUACCAUUGCAACAUUAUGGAAUUGACUGUUCCCACUGGCUUCUACGGAUAACAUGUGGCAGCGUUGAAAUUCGCACUGUUUAUGCAGGACAUCGUCAGUUCAAAGCAGCAAUUUUUUCUCGUCUUAGCUGUGAACGGGCUGGUACGCGAUUUAAUGUACGCGGCGUUAACGACGAAGGCCAUGUAGCUAAUUUCGUUGAAACGGAGCAACUCAUAUAUGGUGACCAAGGAGAUGCUUCAGCUUUUCUUCAAACUCGUGGAUCUGUCCCACUCUUCUGGGAACAGCCAGGUGUUCAAGUAGGCUCGCAUAAAGUCAGAUUUUCUCGUGGCCCUGAAGCUUCUUCGCAAGCUUUGGAACGCCACUUGAAACUAAUGCAGCAAAGAUAUCAUGACACAGCUAUUGUAAAUCUACUCGGUCUCAACAUGGUGGGUGCGAAAGAAGGCGAGGCUUCUCUUAGUCAACUCUUCCAGGCUGAUCAGAAGCGCUACUACGAAGCAAUGCCUCACAUAAUGUUCGACUACCACCAAGAAUGUAAAGGUGGUAAUCUCCAAAAUCUCAGCAAAUUGAAACAAAGUCUGAAGCCGAUCCUAGAUCGCCAUUCCUUCUUCCUACUCAAGAAUCAGCGAGUAGUUUCACAGCAAAAAGGAGUUGUUCGUACCAACUGUCUUGACUGCCUUGACCGAACUAAUUGUGUGCAGACAUUCAUCGGUUUAGAGAUGUUAGCACUACAAUUGGAGGCGCUAGAACCCCAGACGAAACCACAGACGUGGACAAGGUUUGAGGAAGUUUUCCGGGCGAUGUGGGUUAACAAUGGAAAUGAAAUCAGCAAAAUCUACGCUGGAACUGGCGCUAUACAAGGUGGAUCAAAGAUAAUGGAUGGCGCGCGUUCGGCUGCUCGUACUAUUCAAAAUAAUUUAUUGGACAGUAGUAAACAGGAAGCAUUCGAUUUGCUGAUCCAUGGAGGUACGGGGAAUGAUUUCAUCUUUGAUCUGGCUCGCAGUCUUUUACCACCGCACUGGAGUGUCCUGCCUGCCGAUAUAUUGCAUGGCAUGUGUUCUCGCUAUUCUGAAUUCACGGAGCCGCAACCUAUUCGCGUGGCAGUUGGAACAUACAACGUCAAUGGUGGUCAUCAUUUCCGUAGUGUCGUUUACAAAGACUCUACAUUGGCCGACUGGUUGCUUGAUAGUCCACAUCAAGAUUCAGCUGCCGCUAGAUCAUUGGUGUGUCUAAGCGAGGAACAAGGUUGGCGAACAGCGGACAUCUACGCUGUUGGUUUUGAGGAAAUCGUAGACUUGAACGCUUCCAACAUCAUGGCAGCUAGUAGCGAAAACGCCAAAGCUUGGGCAACUGAAUUACAAAAGGUGCUGUCGCGGGAUCGUCCAUUUGCGCUUCUGACUUACGUUCAGUUAGUUGGAGUAUGUCUGUACGUUUUCAUUCGGCCGGAAUUAGCGGCUGACGUGCGCGACGUGGCCACAGACUCGGUGAAAACGGGUCUGGGUGGUGCCACGGGAAAUAAAGGUGGUGUGGCAGUGCGGUUUUUGCUAGGCAAUACUUCGUUGUGUUUUGUCUGCAGUCAUUUUGCCGCUGGCCAAUCACAAUGGGCUGAGCGAAAUGCUGACUACGCAGAAAUCACUCGACGUAUCUGUUUUCCUCACGGACGUAAGGUGGAGCAGCAUGAUUUCGUCUUCUGGUGUGGCGAUUUCAACUAUCGCAUUGAUCUCGAUCGAGAUGAGGUUAAAGAAUACGUCAGUCUACGAGAAUGGUCUUCUCUUCUGCAGUACGACCAAUUGAAAAUUCAACAAGCCCAAGGCAAUACGUUCGUAAAUUACGUUGAAGGCGAGAUCAGCUUUCCACCAACGUAUAAAUACGAUCUAUUCUCCGAUGAUUACGAUACGAGCGAGAAAUGCCGAGCUCCAGCCUGGACGGAUCGCGUAUUGUUCCGUAAGCGACGUGAUCAUGGUCACAAUCCAGGCAGAGUUGCUUAUUAUGGCCGAGCGGAGUUAAAACAGAGCGACCACAGGCCUGUAAUGGCUUUCAUAGAUAUAGACAUCCUAGCGACCCGCAUUGAUAGAGCCCGAUCGGUCUUGGAAGAUGUGGUUGGGAGAUUAGGCCCAUCGGAUGCCACUGUUGUCGUUCAAGUUCUAGGUAAAUCAGAAGAGGAUGAAGAUCAGACCAGUUGGGCCGACGAUGAAAUGGUUUUGACCGGCAUGCUUACGCGAGUCAAUCAAGCAGCCGGCGAUGUUUUACUGAUUCGUUUCGCACACGAAGGUCUUCUUCUGACAUUUCGUGAUGGAGUGGCGGCUCUGGCUGCCGUAGCGCUUUCUCCUUUGCAGAUAAACCACCUCCGCCUAGGAUUGAAGCUGAAAACUACCGACUGGCCAGCUGCUGUAGCUAGGGAUUUCCUUUUAGCUGCUGCCAACACUGUGCCCCUCUUCAUACCCGACGGUUCUGUAGUUCCUUUGGAAAGUCGUACUGUGGACGAAGAUAUUCGUGUAUUGGCACUAUUGGCCAAUCAAAUACAAAUGAGCGAAGGUGUAUUCAAAUCAGCACCAGUGGCACAAUCUUCACGAUCACCCAUGAUGCCACGUCCACCACCGCCCAACAGUUUAGCCCUACAACAGCAGCAACAACAGCAGCAAGCUAAAGAUUGGAACGUUGGUAAUAGCGCACCACCGCCAGUUGAACCUCCACCACCAGCUCCUCCAGUUCAAGCUCCUCCAGUUCAAGCUCCUCCACCUGUCUCCCGCCCUCUCCCUCCUGUUCCCGCCCGUUCUACAGUUCAAGCUUCAGCUGUUCCGUCAGCUCCUCCUGUCGUACCAGUACGAGAAGCUCAGCCCUCCAACGGAAUUUCAACGGCUUCUCAACCCCCACAGUCGUUUAACGUAGUAAGGGCUCCUCCACCCAUCCCAGCCAGGAAUCUUCCACCUGUCCCUCCCCGCACGGCAAAAUAACAAGUAAGUGGUUGACUGCCUGCGACUCCAGUGAAGAUUAACAGUAUUCAUUCCUGCAAACUCUUCAAAAGUAUCAACCGGAAGUUUGUUUGUUUUUCUUUCAUGGCAAAAAUUUUACUUAAUUUAAAUGUGUUGCGUGUUUCUUUAAAUGUCUGCUUCUAGAAGUGAUCAACAAAUACUCUACAGCACUGAUUUAGAAAAAAAAAUUGUUUCAGGCUUAUUCCACAAUAAUUCAUAUCUGCCAGCAGAAACUUAUACCCCAGUCACCGUAAACUUAUAUACUGUAUUUUAGACUAAUUGAAGGUAUGCGUCGAUUCAGGUUGUGUCGAAUGAUCCAUUGUGUAUCGGAACUAGUCAUACUUCUCAACGGACUUCAUUAAUACCAACAAAACAGAAUACAUCCGUUGUCGCUGUUUAA